GGAUUAGUCACAUGACAUAGUCAGGUGAUCCCGUGGAUAUUGUUCAGACUGUGACCAGUGAACUCGUCGAAAAGAUGGAAGCUAAACUGUUGACUUUUGCUGUUUUAGUUGGGUUUUUGUCUGUAGUUCACAGCGACAAACUAAAAUGGAAGGUUUGUGACAAUUCCAAAUAUGAAGGCGUGGUGGCCACAGUUGACACUAAUGCUACUGUAAGUGAAGGGGAAGCAUAUCUCAAGAGAGGCACCAGCGUUGCUUUUGACGUGUCCUUCAAGACAAAUGUUGAUGUCACAAGUGCGACAGCUGUGGUCCAUGGAGUUAUUGAUGGUGUGCCAGUUCCAUCCUCUGAUAACCCGAAUGCCUGUAAAGACUGUGGAUUGACCUGUCCACUGAAAACAGGAACAGGUUAUAAAUACACGGCGGUGAUUCCUGUAAAGUCUCUCUACCCAACGGUGAGGCUGUUGGUCAAGUGGCAGCUCAAUGAUGAUAAGGGCAAGGCAGUCUGGUGUGUGGAGUUGCCGGCAGACAUUAAGUGAUUCAGCCAACCUUGUGGCUCCUUACACAACUGCAUUCAACAGAGAAAAGACACAAAACCAUAUUUUUGUAUGACAUUGUGGGUGUUUUUCAGAAUCUCACAUGCUUUUUAAGAUCUUUGUAAUAUUGAGUCUCAAGUGUACAUGCUGAUAUUUUUGUUCAUUCAAGAAUUAUCUCUUUUGUUUUGUACACAAACUAUUUUAGAUGAAUGUCAGUUGUUUGUUGAUGAAUAUGAUUAUCAGUUGAAUCAAUGCUUUGAUUGACGAUUGAAAAAGAUUGACCAGCAAUCAUAAAAACGGGGAAAAAAUAAAAUAAUUCGGUAAAACUAGAUUGUAGGUUUUCCACAUUGAAGGCAUUUUGCUGAGAAUUUUGCAGACACUUUCGGCUUGUUAAUAAUUUCAUCACUCUGACGUGAUUGUCAUUUUUGCGUAUUUGCACACUUCUAAAAUGUGUAUUUAAAAGUUAAUAUUGUAUACAUUGUAACACAAGACUUCAGAUUUAUGACAUCUUCACAUGGUGUAGAAUGUGCUGAGAGUUAUCUGCCCUUUUGUAAUAAAUUUGACCUCAGGAGACUCAAGGUGAUUUUGGAUGAGACACCUUUGGGAAGUGGACGUGUGAUAUAUUACCUUAAUAAUCUGACAUCUCAUUUCUGUCAUUGAUUUCAUAGAUUCCUUUCAAGAACACACUUCAGAAUACCAGUAUUGUCUGAUGUUGAAAAGAGUCUCAGGCCCAUGUUGUUUCUCAUUUUCUGUAGCAGGUGAUACCAUUCACAUUCCUUGAACAAAAUCAUAUUGUAUGUUCUAUAUCUACAACUGCAUGUGAAUUAAAUGUUUCUCUAAGUUUCACAAACUGUAUAUUCAGUAUAGCUUACAUGAGGAAAAAUCACCCUGUUAUUUGAAAUAUGAGAUGCAGAAUUGAUAUGUUUUUAUAAAUAUGAAUCUUGUAUAUACAUGAUAUAUGUCCAAGAAUACAUCAUGUUGAAAUGAAAGUUUAUUUUAACAAUGCCUACUGCCUUACUGAGUAUGGAUAUUAAAAAAUGAUUAGAUUUGUGGAUGUGUUUUAAUUCAGUUUGAAACUUUAUCAUCACUACCAGUUGGUGGUAUUGAUCUGAAUAAGUGUUGUGUAGGUGUAUAAAAUUAAUGAAAUAUUGUCACAAGAGUAAAUAAUGUUUUCCCGAGGAGUAAGUUUAUGUGGAGCUGGAAAAGCAAGAUACUUUCUUAAUUACAACAUAUUUGUGAUGCAACAUUUUGGUUAUAGAUCAUUAUACCAUUGUCAAGCAAGAGGACAUAUAUGUAUAAGAGCACAUAUAUGUAUAAGACAUGUCGAUAUACGGAUCAUUAUGAAAAUGUUGCAUCACAAUGAUAUUAACGUUAUUUAUUCAUUACAUACCUUGCAUUGACUGUUGCUUUUAAACAGUCAGCGGUUUAUGUGGAGCUAGGUUUUGCAUUGUGCUGGAUGGAGCAUUUACGUGGGAAAUAUUCGACACAUUGUUAGUCCUAUAUUGUCAGGAGUUUGGUUUGAGAGUCUGUCAGAAAACACUACACUGCUUUAAACAGCGACAUGCAUGGGUAUUAAUAGAGUCAACAAUGUAUGCUGAAGCCAUUUUUAGAAUAAACAGUUUUCUUUUAUGA